AUGUCGACAAGGCAAAACAAGAAGAGAAAAGGCCGUGGGAAUGUAAUCAACCGAGAACGCACUGUCACCACGCUUACAGAGGGCUCAGAGGGAUCGUUCAUGACUGCAGACGACACGCACGCCAGCCUCUUGCCAUUUCCAGUUGCCUCGUCUGUGACGGAUUCUACUAACAUCUCUCCUGGUUUCUCUAUGACACCGAACUUUUCAACGUUUCCCUACACCUACAUGUCAUCGAUACCUGCUUCUACCCCGGGGUCUAUGUUCAGUCAGCCGCAAACACCAGCUCACUUCUACCCAGCACAGUCUUUACCUCCUGGACAGAACGAUCUCGAAAUCCUUGAACGGCUAAAGGAGACCAUCAAGGCUGGCCAGCAUGAGUUGUUUCAGCCUGUUCCUCGUCCAACUGCGCUAGCUAGCAUCUAUCUGGGUCCACACCAUGCGUCUCAGGUACCAUCUCACCCAGAGCAAGUGUCCUCAGACUACAGGCCCGACAGGCGCCGUUCCUCUCCAGGAAGUCAGGCUGCCAACGGCGAUUCGGGAGGUAGUAGGAAACAGGAUGGACCUUCCUCUAGCUUGGUACCGGGCGACCCUAUCGAAUCAGUAAGCAGAACUACGGACAUGGACCCCCCUGGUUUGAACACCCCUCUUGCGGCCGCGCAUUCUGAGACAGGCUCCUCCAGUUUACGAUCUGGACUCACUAGAUCUGCGACCGAGAAGGCCAUUGACUCUCAGUACAGCACCAAGUCUUCCGGCGAGCUUUCCGCAAAGUCCACCAGUUUCGACAACAAGGAUUAUCGAGGAGCUCGAGACCCUACCUGGAUCUCACGCAAUGCUACAGGCUCUCAGAGUGAUGUUCGAAGAUACGAAGAAGACAGGAAUGGUGCGAAUGGACGCCCAGGCCCCGACUCUCGGUAUGGUGUCGCUGACACUCGUCCCCCUCAACGUCACAUGGACCGUGAAAAAGAUAGGGAUCGCGAACGCGACAGAGACCGCGAACGUGACUGGGAGCGCGAUCGGGAUCGCAGAGGCACCGACUUCAGCAAUCGCUACGCCAGAGAUGAUCGUCGGGAUGAACGGUACAGGUAUGGCGACAAUCGCAGACCACCCGUGGAGGACCGGCACUACGAGCCUGGGAGUCGACCUGGAGCCCCUCUGCGUCAAUGGGAUUCGAAGACUUCCGACUUGGACGGCCGACUUGGACCGCCUGUCGACCCGCAUGCUCCCCGCCCCCUUACUGAGGAACGUUCAUUUGAGUCUCGUCUUCACCGACCUACAGGCGAAGAUCACCCAGGAGCUUCCAGAGUGUCUCAUCCAUCGACAGACGAGCGCUCUUUCCACGGGCGCCCCGAUGAACGUGAGCGCCAGUCAAGGCCUCCCGGUGACGAUCGCCGCCCUCUCCCCGUAAGCGAAGAACGAGCACUCAAGCCUGUUUCUCCUGACGACCGCCGUCCUGUGAUGUCCAAUGAUCGCCCAGCUAGGCCUGGCGACGACAGACGUCCGCCUCCACCUGUAGCAAGCGACAGGCAGGUGCAGCCACUUUCACCUGAGGAUAGUCGAUCGAGUGCAAAUGGCGAUGCAUCGGCAAGACCGCCACUGCCCGCCGAUGCGAGGCGAGGGCCACCUUUGUCGCCCGUUACCCGGGCUACGACGAGCUCUGGUGCAACCGGUGACCGCCCUCCACGACCCGAUGAAAGAUCGACAGUGCCUCCUGCUGCUGCAGAUCGACCCCGGCCUCUACCUGUGGACGAGCGUCGUGGAAUUGCUCCUCUAAGAGCUGCUGACGAACGCCGCCGUCCUGACGAUUAUUCAACUAAGGCUCCAACAUCUGUCCCCGCCCCUGCGCCUCCUCGUCCUGCAGACGACCGUGCACGGCCACCUGCUGACGAUAGAUCGGCCCGUCAGCCUUCUCUCCAAGACAGAUUGAGCAGGCCUGGUGAUCUACUUCCGGCAAAUCGACCUGCGCCGGAUGAUCGUACGGCUGCCGCACCUAGUUCGAACUCCACACCUUCACGUCCAGUUCCAGACUCUACUUCAGUAUCGAUCCGGCCUUCAGAUACCCGUCCGUCUGCUACUACUGAUACACGUCCGCUUCCUGAUCGACUCUCGCGACCUGAAGAUCGUGGCCGGCCUCUUACCAAUGAUCGAUACCGUCGUUCACCACCUCCGUUUAAUCGUGACAGGCCUUGGAGUGAGUCAUAUUCUGGUGAUGCGGUCCGUAGGGAUGUUCCACCACCGAGCUAUGGACAGGACCGGCUUCCCCCAAGUGUGCCUUACGAUGACUGGGACCGUGAUAGGCGGGAUUGGGAGCGCGAACGUGGCCCUGUUCUGGAUCGAGACCGUGACUAUGACCGGGACAGAGAUCUAAGGUUCGCUAGUCGCGAACCGCCGCCGCCGCCGCCGCCGCCACCUAGCUGGGAGACUCGUGAGGAGCGUGAGCGCCGAGUAUCUGGUGGUUUCCCUGCCUCGUCAUCCCUUCUGCCUCCUGGUGAUAUACAGCCUCCCCGCUCGUUUGAUCCUCGUCCCCUGAGCGCACGUCUUUCCGACGGGUACCCUCCUGAUGACCGGGAUCGUGAUCGGUUUGAACGCGCUCGCUAUCCGCCGGUUGACGCGAGCCCGGGCGGCUACAGCCGGGUUCGCGGUCGCAGCCCCAGCCCCCCGCGUCGUGCCGACGCACCCGUCGACGACCUCAGACCGCCAGUGAAGCGAGCCAGGGACGAUGCGUACGGCGGUUCAGGAUACUAUUCCCCUGCACCAGGUGCGCUCGAUGCCGGGCGCGACUACCCGCCACCGCCGCGAUUGCGUACACCACCGCCGGGGCCUCCGGGCGCGUACUAUGAUGGUGCGAGAGAAUAUCCUCCGCGGGGUGUGAGCCCUGCUCCUUCGGCUCGCGAUCGUGAUCGCGACUACAUUGACAGUAGGGGUUAUCCGCCCUACGACAGGCGAGAGCCCGCACCAUUGGGCAGGAUGCCUCCGCCAAGAUCUCCACCUCCAUAUGCCAGGGGCGGCUACGGAAGAGAUGAGCGCCGGUAUCCUCCACCGCGACCGUGA